UGACCUUCACUUGCGUGGAUGGCAUCAUCCGGGAUUUGUGCGGCGUCUCCAUUUAAGUAAGAGUUCACGCAUGCGUAGCAGUUCCUUCGCGGUCCGACCUCUGCAGCCGAGACAAACCCAGGUGAACCCGUUAGUCAACCUAACAAUCAACAAAUCCAACUAAAAUGUAUGCUUGUGCAAAGUUCGUCUCCACACCUGCACUGGUGCGUGCUGGAUCCAGGGCCCUGUGCAGACCUCUCUCUGCCUCCGUGCUCUCCAGACCAGAUGCCAGAACAGGAGAGGCUAGCGUAGCCCUUGUUCCACAGAGCCCCAUGUCCCUGGGUGCACUGCGCAGCUUCCAGACUAGCUCGGUGAGCCGAGAUAUCGACACCGCCGCCAAGUUCAUUGGUGCUGGAGCUGCCACCGUGGGAGUGGCAGGAUCCGGAGCUGGAAUCGGGACUGUGUUCGGCAGCCUCAUCAUCGGUUAUGCCAGGAACCCCUCUCUGAAACAGCAGCUCUUCUCCUAUGCUAUCCUGGGCUUCGCCCUGUCUGAGGCCAUGGGUCUGUUCUGUCUGAUGGUGGCUUUCCUCAUCCUGUUCGCCAUGUAAAGUCCCCUCCACCGUCCACCCGCGCCAGCCGAGACGACAGAUUUUACUCUGGCUACCAAAACCGUUCUGUGUUGGUGUCAUGACUGUACAUUUUCCAAGUUUUUGUUGAAGGUUGACAAUAUGAAAACAAACAUGUAUUGUAAAAAUGUAACCAAUUACAGAAUUAAAAUACAUGUAUUUCACUAUUUAAACAGUAUGAAUUUAACUUCUGUAUCUCUCUGCAUUCAUUUUGCUACUUUUAGAGAAAGUGAUUUUGUCUGAACUCAAACAUUCUGCCGUUCCAUAUUCAAAGCUGCCCCGUGUUUGUUCGCUUGCUUUGAGUCGUAACGCUUACUUGAGUAAUUGAACUGCCAGCAGGCCGCGCUGCGUCCCACGCCACAUGCUUUUGUAAGUCGCAAUAAAAGCAGUACUUCAGUAACGGUGCUAAACUA